AGAGAGGGUCUCGUUGCCUGCAUGAGUGUCUGCUACCUGCCUGCCUCUGGACUGUAGUUUGCAAGCUUUCCUGCCGUCGCUCCGCAGCUGGAUGGCGUGGGACAUGUGCAACCAGGAGUCUGUAUGGAGCGACCUGGAGUGUGCUGCUCUGGUUGGUGAAGACCAGCCUCUUUGCCCAGAUCUACCAGAACUUGACCUCUCUGAACUAGAUGUGAACGACCUAGACACAGACAGCUUUCUGGGGGGACUCAAGUGGUACAGUGACCAGUCAGAGAUUAUCUCCAAUCAGUACAGCAAUGAACCUGCCAAUAUAUUUGAGAAGAUAGAUGAAGAGAGUGAGGCAAACUUGCUAGCUGUUCUCACUGAAACACUGGACAGCAUCCCUGUGGAUGAAGAUGGAUUGCCUUCAUUUGAUGCACUGACAGAUGGAGAUGUGACCAACGAAAAUGCCACUAGCCCUUCCCCAAUGCCCGACGGCACCCCUCCAACUCAGGAGGCAGAAGAGCCGUCUCUACUUAAGAAGCUCUUGCUGGCUCCAGCCAACACUCAGCUAAAUUACAAUGAAUGCAGUGGUCUCAGCACACAAAACCAUGCAAACACUAAUCACAGGAUCAGAACAAGCCCUGUGGUUGUUAAGACUGAAAAUUCAUGGAGCAAUAAAGCAAAGAGCAUUUGUCAACAGCAGAAGCCUCAAAGGCGUCCCUGCUCUGAACUUCUCAAAUAUCUGACUACAAAUGAUGACCCUCCUCAGACCAAACCAGCAGAGAACAGGAGCAGCAGCAAAGAGAAAUGCACCUCCAAAAGGAAGCCUCAUCUGCAGUCUCAGACAAAUCAUCUGCAAGCCAAACCAACAAGUUUAUCACUUCCAUUGACACCCGAGUCACCAAAUGAUCCCAAGGGUUCCCCAUUUGAGAACAAGACUAUUGAACAAACCUUAAGUGUGGAACUCUCUGGAACUGCAGGCCUAACUCCACCUACAACCCCUCCUCAUAAAGCCAACCAGGAUAAUCCUUUCAGGACUUCACCCAAGCCAAAGUCAUCAUGCAAAACUGUUGUACCACCUUCAAAAAAGCCCCGUUAUAGUGAGUCUUCCGGAUCUCAAGGAAAUAACCCAAUCAAGAAGGGUCCAGAACAGUCUGAGCUGUACGCACAGCUUAGCAAGACUACAGUACUGUCCAGUGGACAUGAGGAGAGAAAGACAAAACGGCCCAGUUUGCGGCUGUUUGGUGACCACGAUUACUGUCAAUCUGUGAAUUCAAAAUCGGAAAUACACAUUAAAGUAUCCCAGGAACUUCAGGACUCCAGACAAGUAGAAAUUAAGGAUUCUUCACCUGGGUGGCGGUGUCAGAUUUGUUCUUCUCUAGAAGAAGACCAGUAUUUCAAGAAAGAGACUUUACAGACAAGUAAGCAGGGAUCCCAUGGUAAUAACAGAAAACAGCUCCAAGACCAGGAAAUUCGGGCUGAACUGAAUAAGCAUUUUGGUCACCCCAGCCAAGCUGUUUUUGAUGAAGAAGCAGAUAAGACCAGAGAACUAAACAACAGUGAUUACAGUAAUGAACAAUUCUCCAAACUACCUAUGUUUAUAAAUUCAGGACUAGCAAUGGAUGGUCUUUUUGAUGACAGUGAAGAUGAAAGUGAUAAGCUGUGCUACCCUUGGGAUGGGACACAAGCCUAUUCAUUAUUCGAUGUCUCGCCUUCUUGCUCUUCUUUUAACUCUCCAUGCAGAGAUUCAGUGUCUCCACCCAAAUCCUUAUUUUCUCAAAGAUCCCAAAGGACACGCUCUAGAUCAAGGUCCUUUCCUCAAUGCAGGUCUUGUUCCCGUUCUCCAUAUUCCCGAUCGAGAUCAAGGUCACCCUGUAGUAGAUCCUCUUCAAGAUCUUGUUGCUAUUAUGAGUCCAGCCACUGUAGACAUCAACCAUACAGAAGUUCUCCCUCACGUGCAAGAUCGCGAUCCAGAUCACCGUACAGUCACAGACCCAGAUAUGACAGCUAUGAGGAGUAUCAGCAUGAAAGGCUGAAGAGGGAAGAAUACCGCAAAGAGUAUGAAAAACGGGAAUCUGAAAGGGCCAAACAAAGGGAGAGACAGAGGCAGAAAGCAAUUGAAGAACACCGUGUGAUUUAUCUGGGUAAAAUCAGACCUGACACAACCCGAACAGAACUGAAGGACCGGUUUGAAGCUUUUGGUGAAAUUGAGGAGUGCACAGUAAAUUUGCAGGAUGAUGGAGACAGCUAUGGUUUCAUCACCUACCGCUACACUUGUGACGCCUUUGCUGCUCUUGAAAAUGGAUACACUUUACGCAGGUCAAACGAACCUGACUUUGAGCUGUACUUCUGUGGACGCAAGCAAUUUUGCAAGUCUAACUAUGCAGACCUGGAUUCAAACUCAGAUGAUUUUGAUCCUGCUUCCACUAAAAGCAAGUACGACUCCAUGGAUUUUGAUAGUUUACUUAAAGAGGCACAGCGGAGCCUGCGUAGGUAACGUGCAUCACACCUGAGGAAAACGGAGGGAUGGCGAAUACCUCACGGACAUCACGUCCUUCAAUAACGGACAAUUAAGAAGUCAUACUUAGGAAUUUCUCCUACUUUACACUCUC